AUGAAACCUGAGAAACUGUAUAUUCAAGAUAUCUCUAAAAAGUACUGGGAUGCUGAGCAAGAAGAUAAAAUUAUUUGCUCGCAAUUCCAUGGAGUCCAUUUGUCCGAAACAAGCUUUAAACUGUUGCUGACGGAGAGAGGAUAUGACCCAUUAGAAAGACCGCAGAUUCAAAAUGGAACAGCUGUCGCCAUGAAAGUGCAGGUGGAGAUAGGGUACAUGGGUGAUAUUGAUACGAAGAAAAUGACCUUCGAGAUCCAUGCCACAUUCCGCCAGUGGUGGAUGGACGAGAGGCUGACUUACAACUCGUCGAUGGGCUCCAAAGUGGUGGGCUUGAAGAGUCUCAGGGACCUCAUCUGGACUCCCACCCUCUUCUUCAUCAACGAGAAGGAUAGCAAACUUGUAGUCAGCACUAGGGACAACAUCUACAUUCAGAUAGAUCCCGAUGGAAACGUCUACUAUGCUCUCAGAUUGCAGCUGGUUUUAUCUUGUCCUAUGAAUCUGAAGCAUUAUCCAUUUGACAAGCAAUCUUGUCGGAUUCGUGUCAGCAGCUGUAAGCUUAGCAUAAUAUACUAUAAGUAUUUGGACACUCAUGCAAAUGAGGAUAUAUGCGGUCUACAUCAGGCUUCUGCACUUAAAUAUUGUGGUGGAAACAACACUGGCAUUAGUCAUAUGCAAAAUGGUAUGAAAUUGGUGAUGAAUAGUGGAGUAGGAGUAGGCGCUGAGCUUAGCAUAAAUUGGAAUCAAGAGUUCCAGUCUAUACCACGAGAAACCUUCCCUGACCAUAAUUUCACCUUCACCAACCAUUACUGGUCUUAUGAUAUGAAUGCUCUCAUUCUGCGCUGGCAUGACGAGUGCGUGACGUUUUUGGAAAGCGUGGAGUUGCCGGAACAUUUCCUUGACAAAGAUGACGUCAUCUGCAAAGCUUUCAACUUGACUUAUGAAACAUCAGGUCACUUCAGUGGAUUAGUGGCUCACUUGAGAUUCCGGAGGGAGAUACCUUACUACUUGAUGGAAGUGUAUUUGCCUAUCAGUCUGCUGGUCAUCGGAUCCUGGCUAUCCUUCUGGUUGGACGUCUACGCCGUUCCCGCCAGGACUGCUCUGGGCAUUACCACCAUACUUACUAUUAUCACUAGUUCCAGAGGGAUCAAAGAGUCAAUUCCGAGAGUAUCGUACGUGAAGGCAGUCGACGUAUGGAUCGAGACCUGCACAUGGCUCGUGUUCUGUGCCUUACUCGAGUUCCCUUUCGUCAACUUCAUCGCUCGCAAGGGCAAAGAGAACGAUGCCCUGGCACUCGCGGCCCAGAACAACUCCCGGAUAGCGGCAUCCAACAAACUAUUCCAGGUUGUAAGACAACCAUCUGCCACCCACAAGGUAGCGGCGUCGUACACCAACGGCCCUCUCAUUCGCCAGUUCGGCGACAGAGUCACAGAACGCCCAGUUGAGGAUCUGACCCCACCUCCCGAUGAUUGCUGCAAUCUCUACUCCAAGUUGACCGAGCAAACAGCUAAAUCCAUAGACAAAGUUUGCAGAAUACUCUUUCCCUGCGCCUUUGUCAUAUUCAACCUCAUCUACUGGUUCUCGUGGGCUCCGUAGCUUUGUCUCCCAA